AGCCAACCGCCGCAAAGUGGCGGUAGAGAAAGCGAGAGAGCCGUAUGCAUCAACAUGGGAAAGAGGUUCAAGCAUAUUGGUCGUAUGUGAAAUCAUCAGACAGCAGUAGCAGCAGCAUUGCUAGCUCAUCACACCUUGAAGUACGAGCUGCGAACAACUUACCACAAGUCUGGGAAUCCUACACCUUCCUAGGCUAGCAACAGAUAUCGUCAAUCUGUUUCCGUUCGGUGCAAAAUUGAUCCCAAAACGUAUGUCCGUAGUCCGCCGUCGUUCGGGGACGUAGUUGAAAAAGUGAGAACAGUGCGUUUCGUGCGCGGCGCGUGAGAACGCAUCCAAAUACGGGGUAAAUGCGAAUUAGUAAAUACAGUAACGAAGGCGAAAUUGUGAACGAAGCUGUAUUGUUACAAGCCUCUCCUCCAAAUUCGUGUGUUUAUUUUGUGUGCUCCGAGAUAUCAACGCGCGUAAGUGUGGUUUCUUCAUUAAACGAAAAAAGAAAAGAAUGGUGAAGACAAAUGUGUCAAGUGAAUUUUGAUAUGUCGCCGUUGAUGUGAAAUCGUGUGAAGGGAAUACAACAGUGUCGUGCGCCAAAUUGUGCUGGUCAUUGGCGAGACAAGAGUUUGAUAGGAAUGCUUGAGCUAUCUACUACUGUGUGAGUGAAUAAAGGGUUAGUUGAAAAGGGAAAAAAGUUGUCCAGCAUCCAACCAGUGAACUGUGUUUGGAAGGAUAUGAUCCUCGAAAACUUCCAGCAGUGAGCAGAAGUUUGGUUUUUGCUGCACUCGCGAUCGCCAAGAAGUGACGACACCGCUGACAAUCGUAGGGCCGGUAGCAAUCAAGUGAGUAGCGGUGCUACCAUCUACCGUCACCACCGUGUCGCUCCCCGGUGGCAUCCAGAACGAUCCCGGUCGGAUCGUACGACCAAUCCCUUCCUUCCCCACCGGGCACCAUCCGUCGGGGCGGAGGCCAACAGCAACCAUCACGACGGCGGCAACCAGCGUUGUGCCAGCGGUGCCAGCGAGGAGCAAGGCCAAACCGGGCGCUUCCUGAAAAAUGCCUCCACCGCCGCCGCCUGGACCACCACCCCCUCCAGGGCCGCCGCCACCGCCGGCGCCGGUUCUGAAGCUUGGCGGUGGUGCACCGUCGGCCGACGGUCGGAACGCACUGCUCCUCUCGAUCCAGAAGGGCGCCAAGCUCAAGAAGACGGUCACGGUGGACAAGAGUGCGCCAAUGAUCCAGGGAAAGCUGUCGUCGGAUGGAGGAGGAGGAGGUGGAACAGUUGCGGCUCGGGCAAACAAUCGAGCCCCGGGGCGGCCGUUUGCCGAUGACACUGGAAACACCGCGGCGGGAGGUGGUGGAGUUGGUCAGCCGAAACUGGGCGGCCUGUUCGAGGGAUUGUCGUCGAUGCCGAAAUUGAAGCCGGUCGGGAGCAGAACGCCAGGAAGCUCCUCCUCACCGGGAGUGCCACAGAACAAAACUCCCUCGCCGGAGGCCACCAAGGGCUCGCCGAUCAACAACGGUCGCCUAGGGAAUGGCGGUGGGGCCGGCGGUUCCUCCGGACCGCUCGACUUCUCCGACGAGCUCGCGCAAAAGUUAACGCUCAAAAAACAGAAACAACAGCAUCAAACGGUCAGCAGCAGCAGCAAUAUUACGAAUAAUAACGGUAGCAGUUAUAGCAGUAGUGUUAGUAGUAACGCCCCGGCGAUGAAUCCUCCUCCACCCGUGCCGAACGAAACGAACCUACGGAUGAACCGGGGACCACCACCGCAACCACCAACCCAUCGGCCUGCCGUCGGUGAUAAGUCGACGUUGGUCACCAGUCAGAAAAGCCAAGCACCCGCCACUCCCAAUCACGUGAAGCCGGCGGCCAGCAGCAAACCGUCGUCGUUGUUGUCGUCGUCGUCGUCGUCCGUGAACGGACCGUCGACGAAUAGCAACUCCAUCACCAGUACCACUAGUCCCACCAUAAACGCGCCGGUUGCGAACCGAUCUGCCCUGUUCGGCGGCACGGCGACGACGGCAACGGCACCGUCGAUACCACCAUCCACAACAUCGAACAGCAGUAAUAAUGUCGUGGGUAAUGGCAGCGUUCCGUCGGCGACAGCUCCGAAACCGGUACCAAACUAUGGCAAACCAAAUCUAGCGCCGAAGCCUCCGGGCAUGCAGCUGGCGAUGGCCGGAGAGGGUGGCCAGAGUGGUGGUGGUAAUGCGGCGACGAGGCCGACCGUCAGCCGGCAUCAGAGCAUGCGAAGUCCAAGGUCACCACCGGUCUCGCAAACUGCACCAAACUUCCCCGCUAACCAUUUCGGUACGAUGCGCGGUCCACCUUCGUCAGCGGCCAUGUUUCAGUCGACGGAUUCGAUCGCCCGACCGACACGAGAUGCCCCCGGCCGACCAUCGGGACCACCGCCAAAGCCACCAACGAUGAAACCACCACCUCCGCCCCCUGUACGCAGCGUAAGCAACACGAACCUAACGCAUUUGCCGCCCUCGCUCAGCUUGGCGCCCUCGCAGGACUCUUCGGGCCCCGGCACCGGAUCGCCGUCAACGGAACCGUCGACCUUCGGUUCGGUGAACAACGUGUCCUCGCUUACGCUGGCCGAUGAGCUACGGGCCAAAAUGUCGGCGAACCUAUCGGUGGCCAGCUCGUCCUCGAACUCCAUCUCCACUGGCAAUCUGAGCGUGGUUGGAGCCGGUGGCACACUGACGAAGGGAGGCAGUCUAAAAGCGACGGCAGCACCGCCCCUACCGCCUCACCGAACAAGCCCAGCCCCACCACCGCCUGUUCCGACGGCGUCAGCUGCAGCAAUGUUGAAUUCCAGCGGCGAUGCGCCAGUUCCGCCACAACGAAUUUCGUCGAUCCGCAAUUCCGCAGGUAGCAGUUUAGCCUCGGCAACAUCGGCGCUCGUCAACAACAGCAGCAGCAGCAUCAUCAGUAGUCAGAGUCAUCAUAGUCAGAGCAGCACUACGACGACGUCGGUAGUGGUCGGCGGUGCAGGAGGCCUCCAUCGCAAGGACACCUCCCUAACGUCGGUUAGCAGCAGCUCGUCGACGGCCACUAGUAACAAAAUGCCCCUGCCGGAGAUCGACCUCGAGUCGAAGUACGCGUUCUAUUUCCACAAGGUGACGGACUUCCCGCAGCCCAUACCCUUUUUGAACGUGCAGAAGGUUUAUCCGAGCGAGGUGCGCCAACAGGCGCAGGCAGUCCAACAGCAGCAGCAGCAACGGCAGUAGGGGAACGACCGGGAAAAUACUCCAGGGUUCGUCAAGCCGUGAGGCGAUUUAAUGCACAUCUUUUACAAAGCAAAGCCGGGGUCAAACCGAAACAUUGCAAGUACGCUAAGCAUCCGGGAAAUAACAGUAUUCUUGGGUAGACAGACGACUAGACAUGGCAGUGUUGAGCUAGUAAAACUGUGAUUGGAAAGCUCAGCGCGUCAUCUAACGCAUCGGAGAUGGGUAAAAUAAAGCACUUCAAAGGUGAGCAAGCAGGCAAGAGGUGGCAGGAAAGGUUUAAACAUGAAUUAUCCACCUUAGAAAGGUGCUGAUGUUAAUGCAGGUUGAACAUCAUUGUUCAUCGAUUGAAAGUUAUGAUAAAAAAAAACAGAAAGUUGAAAAAGUCAAAUCAUAUCAAUACGAACGAAAAGUAGUGGCAGUUCAAUAACAAACAAGAAAUAAGUAGCAAUAAUACACAGACAAACACAACCAUCCUCCAAACAAAUUCUACUUAAUAUAAUACAUAGUUGUCGCAGUAAGCCAUUCGGCAAAUGAAAAAAAAAAACAAACAAACCAACUUACUGAAACCCGUUCUACUGUGGUUUGAAUCGGACUAAUUAAAAAUGUGU